ACGGCAGUGAGCUUGCUGGGCAUGGGCCACGACUUGAAACACGGAUAUCGCUCAAAUUCUGUCCCAAUCAUCAACGAAGAUCGUACUGUGUCGGUGCUUGUUUUUAUGAGUCCUAUCCCAGAAUGAUGCUGGCAAAAAGAGCAAACAGUUCUUUCGUGAUGUGUGUGUUUCUCUUAGUUUGCUGUGGUUCUGCUACCACAGCGCAAGCUGUUACAGAUGGUAGUGUCCGACUGGUCGGAGGAAACUCGUCUUCGGAAGGACGGGUAAAAGUCUACUUAAGCGGCGAAUGGGGUACCGUCUGUGACGACUACUGGAGCAUCGAAGACGCGUUAGUCGUCUGUCGUCAACUGGGCUACAGCUCCGUGGCAUCAGAGCACACCAAGUUCGGACCGGGGUCUGGACCGAUUCUCAUGGACGAUGUCAGCUGCUCUGGGAACGAGGAGGUACUUGGAGACUGCCCUCAUGUGGGCAGGGACAACCAUGACUGCAGUCACGAUGAAGACGUUGGCGUCGUCUGCUCUAAUUCUACCGACAACAGAACACUUACUAUUCUAGAUGACCCGCUUCAAACAGAUGAAGAGGUAUCAUACCGGCUCUUUGGAGGAAUCUCCCCGAACGAGGGGGUCGUUCAACUUCGCAGUUCGGUCGACGAGGCUUGGAACACCGUUUGCCUCUCUGGUUCGGACUUGUUUCCGGGCAUCGGUGCCGACAUAUGCCGUCGGGCUGGCUACAAGUUCUUCUGCCACUCGGAAACCUUCGGAUUACGUAAUAGAUCAAGCAAUGGAUCACAUGACGAGUUGAGGACAUCCCCAUCGAAUUGGGCAGGUUAUUUUUGCUGGGGCUCAUCACACGGUGGUACUACCUGUAGCUUGACGCUUUUUGACGGGCAGCACUGUGGUAUUAGUGACGCAUUAUGGGUGGUCUGCGCCAUGGAUCUCGACUUCCGUCUCGGAACCGGCGUUCUUGAGGACGAGGGCGUCCUGCAGAUGCGCUGCAAUAACAGUGCGGAAUGGCACGGCGUGUGCAGCGACCUCUGGUUUUGGAUGUUCGCCACGCAUGCGCAUCAACUCGCAUGCCGCCAUCUUGGAUACCCGGACACAGCGGCCUCUAAGCCCUAUACUGUGCCUAUUGAGUCGUCGCUAUACUCGAUGGACGUUCUCCUUCAGCGUGUUCAGUGCGUUGGCACGGAGAGUAAGCUGGUGGACUGUCCAGUUCAGCAGCCACUGUUUGAAGAAUGUUCCAGCUUUGCUGGGUUAAAGUGCAACGUUUCUCUUUCCCCUCUUCCAGGAUAUGGAAUGGAGCUGAAGCUUGCGCAAUCUUAUUUCUCAGGGGGAGGUUUUGUGGUUGGCCGUCUUAGACCAUCUGACGAGUGGGGCGCCAUCUGUGGCUAUCCGGACUCUCGAGACAGAGAUGUGAUUUGCCGCCAGUUGGGCUUCUUGACUAGCGUGUCAGUGCUUUUCGGACCGGAGCCUAAAGUUGAUGCAAUACCAGCGAGAGUCCUGGUGUCAGCGGUGGGAUGCGACGGCAGUGAGACGGAACUCUCACAGUGCGCGCUGCAGCCUGGAGUUGAUUCUAACUGUACUUUAAAACCAAAUCUCUACGUUGAAUGCCAAGAAGAAACGUCAAGGUUUGACAUUCCCGCGUUUUUGUGUGGAGAGAUUCACUACUGUGGCUAUGACUGCAAACAAGGAAGACGAGAUACACUGAGGCCACUAAGACAAGAAACAUGCAAGUGCGAUGACGCAUGCGCGUUCUUCGACGACUGUUGCUAUGACUACCAUUCAAACUGCCACCCGGCAUCUGAUUGGACGGAAGCCAAAAUGAAGGGCGUGGCCAUCCAGUACUACUCAUGUGUGUGGAUGCCGGGUCAGUCAGGCAAAUAUCGGUACCAAUACUUCGGCUGGGCCUUGGUGAGUUUCUGCCCCGAGAGCUGGGAUGUUUCAUUCAUCAGGGAAAAUUGUGAGAAGAUGGCCAGUGAUGAUGACGUCAUCGGGUCCUUGCCCGUUUACGACAGCGAGGGCGCUGUGUACAAAAACGUGUUCUGUGCGAUUUGUCACGGCGUCGAGCCUGCUCAUUUGCAGAAAUGGAAUGCCAACUUGGAGUACGAGUACGAUCAAUCUGGAUCUACUACAUUCGAUUCCAGAUUCAAUGUCACCAUUGACGGUACACCAACGGGGAGAUAUGUUUAUGAACCACCGGGAAACAACUCUCUCGGCACUGCUCGCACUUGUCCCGCACGCACUGUCAGUUCCUGUAGUCCGCAGUUUGCAAAUACAACUCUUGAAGCUGCUUGCUUGGACUACUUUGCUCCUCUUCAUCUGAACGGAAGUCACUACAAAAACCCUCACUGCGGCAUGUGCAACGGAUUAAACGUAGUACCCAAUGCCAAUUGUGGACCACUUUGCAACAUUCUCUGCAGCGAAGAUGACAUAUGGCAGGAAUGCCCUGCGGUGUGUUCCCCAUCGGCCGAUACACCAACAAUAGAAGCCCUCUUCGACUUCGGCUGGGGUGGUGGCGAGGACUCGGUCUGUCAGCCAGGGGAGCUUUAUGAUCCUUUCCUGGACAGGUGCCGUGCUGUUAUCUGUGCGUCAGGUGUCAUUAACGAAGACGGCAGAUGCACUCAGAUUUCAUUUGAUGCCCCCGGACUGCCUUCCUCGCCCUUUACUAUACUGCACGAAAACUGUAGCUCUCUCGUAAACAUUAGUCUUGGAGAGGUUGCCUUGCACUGGCAAGCAGUUCUUGAUUCACAGAUGACCAACCCUAAAGAUGUCAGACUUGAUAUCUUGGUAAAGAGUUUUGAUUUGAUUGAAAAUCUUGAGAGCAAGUUGUCCGCACUUUUUGAACUGAACACCACAGACGUUCAACUCUGCAAUAUCGGGAGUGUGGCUGUUUACACGAUUGAGGGCGCUGUACUCUCAGGAAUCGACAGCUGCGCAAGUGCAUCCUUGUUAGCCACAGACGUUUUCCAGACGAUGGACGGAAAUGACUCCAGUCUCAAUUUCCAGAUAUUUUCGACUUACUUGUGGAAAAAGGUUGGCGUAGGAUCGGCGAAGCACGAUGCAGCGCCAAGUGAAUGUCUCGAGAUCCUCGAUAUGAAUUGCCUAGAGUUAAUCGUGUUGAAUCCGAGCGAAUUUGAAUGGAGUGCCUCCUUCAUCAGGCACUCAUCAACAGGUUUUAAGUUCGAAGGGGCAGACUUUGUUCUCUUGUCGGAUGGUAGUGCUGCCAUAUGUGGUCCAGUCGACUGGACUGACCCGAAUACGUUUGCCUUGUGGAUCGUCUCUCUAAUCUGCAGUUGCCUGUCAAUAUUGGCAUUGGCAGCUACCUUUAUCGUCUACUCUAUGAUUCCCGUGCUCAGAAACACGGCCGGCCUGUACACCAUGAACCUCGUGGUGGCGCUCUUUGUUGCCAUCCUCCUGUUGAGCUUGGCGGGAGCUCUCAACGCAGCAGGACCCGCCUGCGUGGUGUUCGCAUCCCUGACACACCUCUCGUGGCUGUCUGCUUUCUUCUGGAUGGCGAUGUUAUCAUACAACGUGGCGAGAACCUUCGGCGGGCGAAUGUCGACAAGCAGAGACGGGCCAAACUGCCGCCGGGUAGUAGCUGCCAUGCUUUUGGUGUGGGGCGGUGCUUUACUAAUCGUGUCCGUGUGUACAGCUCUGACUCUUUGCGAUUGCACCGAGCUCCCGGCAAUUUACAAUCGCAGCUCUCCGUGUCUGUUCACGACAGGAACCGUCUUGCUCGUAGUCUUCGGCGUUCCCGUGCUCGCCUCUCUGCUUCUCAGCACGAUUUGUUUCAUCGUGGUCAUUGUCAGUGUAAGGCGGACCAAGAGGAUGAGCAGGAUGGUUCAAAACAGGAGCCUGGCUGAAGAAGCAAUGGAUGAGGUGAAGAUCUACGCCAAGUUGGCUUUACUGUUUGGGAUCACGUGGAUUCUCGCAUUCAUAUCCGAUGCUGUGGGCCACGUGGUCUUGUCCUACGUCAACGUCAUCGUCAACACGCUGCAGGGGGUCUUUAUCUUUGUGGCCUUCUGCUUGAACCAACGCGUGAGGGCGCUUUUGCGGAAGGAGCGUCGCACAGGCAAGCGCAGAGCCGCUAACGGACAGCAGCUGACUACAACGCGAACGUCAGGAGCCUCAACCACGACGCGAUUGUCUGAAACUGUGUCUACUGUCGAUGCAACAACGAGUUCUGCCGCGAAUAAAAACUGACAAUGCAAACAGGAACUUCGUGAGAUGAGUUUAAUACAUUGUACAGAUUUAAAUAACCAUGAUUCCCCAAUAUUCAUAUACAUGAAAGGUUGAACUAAGCUAAUCUGCACAUGCUAUGCAGCCGUGGGAUACGCCCGAUGUCAAGACGCAGACCAGGCUGCAUGGUAUGUGCAAGAUUAUGACUCCUGACUUUCGCCAUUUGAUCAAAUAAUUGACCUCUUGGGAAACUGCCAACAUAGGGCUGGAAAGCUCAGUCGAAAGACCAUCCACCGGUACUAAAUCAUUGUUUGCGCAACCAAGUACAGUCAAUGACCAUAAUGCGCAUGCGUCAGUCGAUAACGGAGCGGUUCUUGGACUUAGCUUCACCUAAAAAAAUACUCCUGAGCCAUGAAUGAGAAAAGCUGAGUUUCAUUUCAUCAAUCAUCAGGAGUUGAUGAAACGCAAUUUAGGGAACAAAAAUCACUUUUGGGGGAAAUAAAAAUAAAAAUAUACAUUUCCUCCAGCAAUUGAACCUUUAACCUUCAUCAACAUUCAGCUCAGCGAUUUAACGCACACACCACAGCGAGACCACGUGGCAUAAGCUGUAAGAACCUAUUCCAAAUCAGCUGACAUAUUUAGUUGGUCAUGUGAUAUGUUUCACUCAUAUGCAUUAUUGUCAUCGAUCAUACUUUGUUGCAUGAAAACUAAUUGCCACCGGUACGGUAAAAAUCGCAAAUUCAAGCCACAGUCAAUUUCUUUGUUCAACUUUUCAAAAAUUGAUACUUGUCACCUAGUCAGUUUCCCGUUGUGGUUCAAUUAAAAAAUAUUUAGUAAUUAGUAAAUACAUACUCUUUGAUUUUAAAGCGCAACAAAUUAAAGAGCCGAAGGACAGGUAACAAGUCUAAGAUGUUUAUCAUGUCACUGUACGCGUAUAUGUUUUUGUACUGCCCUGGCCCCAUCAACUGCACGGUUAAUUUCGCCUUUAAUUUACUGCGUAGCAACAAGCAGUCAGUUUGCUUUAGACUUUAUAGUAUGCCCGCGCCUGUAUGUGAAGUAGUCCUUGCCACUUUUCAAAUGAUCGUUUGUUUCAGACACAGUUGGGUGGGAAUUCCUUUUUAGUGUUGCUUUGUAAAUUAUACUGAAGUUUUUAGAUAUUGAGUUAAUGAUGAUUCGAGCCUUUUAUGCCUAUAUGUAGUAUUUUGCUGCGCAUGAAUAUGUAAUCUAGUCAACAGUGUUAUUUGGUUAUUUUCAAUGGCUGAAUCCGUGUGAUGCGGAGCUCGCACACUACUCGGGCGACAAAAUACAUCAGAAAACCUGGGUUCAGCGACUCCAGCCUGGACCUGUUGACCACUAAGAAUGUCCUUCAACACCUUGGUGUCCGCGUGAGUAGUUUUGUAGAGUGUUUCAUAUAUCCUUGCGGCGGAAUUGUGGGUUUUUCGACGAUAUUGUUUGUACCUUUUUUUAACAUGCACGUAACACGUUGUGUGACACGUAACGCGUUGUGUGCGCGCUGUACGUAUGUAAUUAACCGUACACAUGCUACAGUAAGUAGCAUGUGUACGGUUAAAGUAACCUCCCUAUGUGUUUGCGAGGGUCGCUCGAUACUUGCACGCCCUUUUAACACUCGCGCGUUCGCUUGACGCUCGCGUGCAGUGCUAGUGUAUGGCACUGAUGUCUAUGUCUUUACAUAGAGAUCAGUGGUAUAUGGGCCUUAUUCAUGAGUUGGCCAUUUUUGUUAAGUUCCCUGAAGGCAUUUCAUUAAUUGUGAACUGUUGAAUGAGAUGGCACCAGACUAUUUAUGUACGCGCAAUGCAGCCUUAUUUACUGUGAUUUUUUUUUUAAAUCUGGCUUUAAACAUUAGGGAAUGUUUAAUUUUAUAUUAUUCAUUGAAGAAGACAGGAAUUAAUUAGAAAUUUACUUCAUUUCUCUACACAAAUUUCAAAAAUCAAGAUUUAACCUCACUCUCAAUCCAAUAUGGCCGACUCGUGAAUAAGGACCAUGGUUUGUAGUUUGAAAUGUAAAAAAAAUAAUCGAAUAAAAUGCAAUAUAUUAUUGUAAUUAAUUAGGACAUGUUUUUAUGUUGAUUUGUAGGGUGUUUGUUUUAUUAUCCUUAUUCCUUGGUGAUUAGAGGGCAACAAUAAAAUAAUAUUGCGACAUCAACGCUGAUUACUCCCAUACGCACCGGGAGUUCAUUCUCCUCCCUACGGAGGCCCAGGCCCCGCCCACAGCCGGCCCGCGUGCAGCUACUUUACCAAUUUCUACUAGUAAUUUACUUUAAAAUGGAUCAGUUAGCGCCUUUACAUUAACAUACACAGAUUGUUUUUAUUAUUUAAUAUUUAGUAAAUAAUAAUUCAUUUAAUAUUUAGUAAAUAAUAAUUUAUUUAAUAUUUAGUAAAUAAUAAUUCGUUCAAUCUGGUUGUGAUCAAAUGGUAAAGCAGAUGAAAUUGUAGUGAACGCCGUGGAUUGCCCGAACCGCUUUGCCAUUCAUCGCGAUUAAAUGAACAAAAUACAACAAUGACAACGGGCUCUCGCCCAGGAAAUUCCACGUGCUGGAUUCGGCUGUCUACCGAAUGCAAACAUUCUUUCUUCCUCGUCAGUCAAUGGUCGCAGCACCAGGAUUAGCGACAAACGCACAUCAACACUUAAUAGAGGAAUUAUAACUCCUCCAAUAACACUAAGACAUCCGUAGUCAGUACACAACAGAACAACAUAUAAGAAGCCUCAUGAGCGUGAUACGUCUAGAGAUACCCGUAGUGUCUUGGAGCCGAUUGUUUUGCUGUUAAACACUAUUCAGUGAGACUUCAUGUAUACAUUUCAGCGUUGUGUACUACCACAACGUACGCCAUUUCAAUGUGUAAAAGACUUAUAAGACGGAGCUACAAUUACCACUACAAAAUGACGAACUUCAUCAUUUUAUCAUCACCUAGCGGCCGCUAAUGGAACAGGGAAGAUCUUUGCAUAGGCCGCGCCUACGCGUUGGUGACUUCCAGCGUAUUGAACAGACCCGAUGAAGUUGAAACAAUGGCAGUGAUGAAGCCGUUCUGGAUUAAGGUAAGUUGAACACCUUUUACAACGACUUAUCUAUUAGUUUAUUUCUGUGCUAAAUCUGAAAUCGUUGUGUGAAUAUAUACAUCAUUAAAACAUUCUGUUAUAAAUACAAUAUGUUUACAUUGGGAGUCAGAUUGGCGUAGCAGUACGUUCCUCCCCUUCCACCGCUGUGACCCAGGUUCGAAUCCACCUGGGCCAAAAUGUGGAUUGGGGUUUUAGUCCUACUUAAUCCCGCGGGUUUCCCCACAGAAAAUUCCUCUAGGGUUUUCCUCCUACAUCUAAGACUAUCAUUUCUUCACAUUGACGUCGUCUUAUUGGGCCCCUUGGAAUCCACUAAAUGGGCCAGCCAGUUGAAUAAGAAUAAAAAAUCCAAUUAAUCCAAUCCAAUUAAAAUACAUGUACAAAGUUAUAGACUACAAUUAAACAUUCUACAUACUGGAA